AUGUCGACAGCAACAGCGCUCGGGAGGAGCUCGGAGAGCAGCAGCUCGCUGGACGAUGUGGCGCGGGCCAAAGUGCAGGCGCAGAGCACGCCGCCGGCGAGGACGACCAAGGAGCUGAAGCACAAGACGGCGGCCCCGAAGCGCUACAAGACCGUCUGGGCGGCGCUGCGGUACCUGCGCCAUCUGACGCCGCAGCAGGUCGACGACUUCAUGGCCUCGUAUGUCAUCUACAACCUGGACUGGUCGGACGAGGGCGCGAUGGUCGCCGCCCUGGGAGAGAACUACCAGCAGCGCGUGGGCGAGUGUCUGCGCGCCUACUACGGCGUGCUCAACCACCUGUGCGCCCUGGGCGACGUCGAGAAGAUGUACAUCCCGCCGUGGAUGAGCCGCGGGGCCUCGGUGCGCGAGAACCAGCUGCUGUACGAGCGCUCCAUCGCCGACGAUCUGCGCCUGCAGCCCGGCCAGCGCGUGCUGGAUCUGGGCUGCGGCCGCGGGCGUGUCGCAGCGCACAUGGCGCGCUAUUCGGGCGCCCUGGUGACGGGCCUCAACAUCGAUCCCAACCAGAUCGGCCAGGCGCGCGCGUUCAACCAGCAGCGCGGCCUGUCGAACAGCUUCGUCGUGCAGGACUUCAACUCGCUGCCGCUGCCCUUUGACGACGCCAGCUUCGACGGCUUCUACCAGAUCCAGGCCCUGAGUCUGUGCAAGGACCUGCCCGCCCUGUUCGCCGAGAUCUUCCGCGUCGUCAAGCCCGGCGCGCGCCUCUCGCUGCUCGACUGGGUCAGUCUGCCGGCGUACGACGCCGGCAAUGCAGAGCACGCCGAGCUGAUGCGGCGUGUGAAGCCGCUCAUCGGCGCCGUGGGCACGCCCACGCCCGCCAGUCUGGAACAGGCUCUGCGCCAGGCCGGCUUCGAGGUCGAACGCUCCGACAACGCCAGCAUCGAUGGCCUCCAGGCGCCUCUCAUCGAGACGGUCGACUUCUACUUCCGCUCCAUGCGCCAGCUGAUCCUCGCCCUCGUCAAGAUGCACGCUCUGCCGCCGCACUUCAAGACCCUCAUCAAUCGGCUGUGUCUCGACGGCGAGGCCUUUGUCAAGAUGGAUAACAUGCGUCUGGCCACAACCAGCUAUCGCAUCAUCGCCAGGAAGCCAGCUGCUUGA